CGGCGAGACACUGGCCGCGCGCCCGUCCUCCUUCGACGAUAAAGUUUACUUUUAAAAAUUCGGAAGUUUGUGAACAAAGUGUACAUUGGUGUAAUAAUGAAUGAACUUGACACGGUGUGAAAUUAUGUCGUAUCUCAAACAAGAAUUCAAAACUUUUUGAACAACGAAGCAACUCCGCGGCAUAUUGAGGUGUCGCCCAUGCCACCAUGUUGGACGAGCUGGGUCCGACGGCGGCGUCCAACCUCUCCACCGCGAACAACGAACACCACUACUACGUCACGUUCUACGAUGAGGUCGCCGAUAGGUACCUCAAUAACAGCCAGAACAGCACGCAGGGCUACCAAUCCUUCAUCCUGCCAUGGUGGAGGCAGGUGUUGUGGACGGUGCUCUUCGCCGGCAUGGUGGUGGUGGCCACCGUGGGAAACCUCGUCGUCAUUUGGAUAGUGCUAGCCAAUAAACGGAUGAGGAGUGUCACCAAUUAUUUCUUGGUGAACCUGUCGGUGGCAGACGCGAUGGUGUCGACCUUGAACGUGACCUUCAACUUCACCUACAUGCUCAACUCCGACUGGCCCUUCGGCCACUUCUACUGCAAGUUCUGCCAGUUCAUAGCGGUGCUCAGCAUAUCGGCUUCGGUGUUCACACUCAUGGCUAUUAGUAUAGACAGGUACGUGGCCAUAAUGAGCCCACUAAGACCACGGUUGGGCAAGCGGGCCACUCUUGGGAUUGCUGCCGCCAUCUGGGCAGGCUCAUCUGUGAUCAGCAGUCCGAACCUAAUCUACUUCACCACAGACACGGACGUGUUACCCGACGGCAGUGCGAGGCGCGUGUGCUUCGGAGAGUGGCCCGACGGUAUCACCACUAGGUCCAACCUCGAAUAUGUGUACAACGUCGCGUUCAUGGUGUUAACAUACUUCCUGCCGAUCAUGUCGAUGUCAUACACCUAUUCCCGUGUGGGUCUGGAGCUAUGGGGCUCGCAGUCCAUUGGAGAGUGUACACAAAGGCAGCUGGACAACGUGAAGAGCAAACGGAGGGUAGUGAAGAUGAUGAUUGUGGUCGUGGUGAUAUUCGCGGUGUGCUGGCUGCCGUUCCACGUGUACUUCCUCGUGACGUCAUACUACCCGGACAUAGUGAACUACGCGCAUAUCCAGGAGAUAUACCUGGCUAUCUACUGGUUAGCGAUGAGCAACUCCAUGUACAACCCCAUCAUCUACUGUUGGAUGAAUUCCAAAUUCCGGCGUGGCUUCAAGCAGUUCUUCUGGUGCUGCGGCGCGUUCGGCGGCGGCGGGCUGAGCCGGCAUCGGCCGUUCGGCGCCGACCGCCUGGACCGCUCCAUGCGCUCACUGUCGCCGAGCCGGAAGAACGGUACGAGUAUAUUCAAGGUGACGUCGAAAUCUUCCAAAUUCAGCAAAAAGCCGCCGGGCUCCCCCCACUUGCUGCAUGCAAAUAAAAUACGAAAAUAGGAGUCAGGGUACGAUCCGCAUCUCGAUGCACAGCACGUACAACAACACGCUGG